AUGGAGGAUGACUACGCGCAUCCAUAUGAGGACUCCAUCGAAAAGUUCACGACGUAUGAGGACUACUUAGACAGCCAAAUCACACCGCAGGACCGCUUUUACUUGGAGGAGGAUGAGCUGGCAAGACAGCUGGUCGAAAUCGGAUGCCGGAAGGGCGAGGUCCUGACACGCGAGGACUUUGCAGCUAGAAGAGAAGCUGCAGAGAAUGCCAAGAAGGCUCGCCUGCAGAACGCCCCGAAGGAGUUGGUGCGAAGUGGUAAGCUCAGCACCAUCAUCUUCAUUCGCGACAAGAAUCACCGUGGCCAGGAGAUCUCUGGCUACAUAGACUACGGCCAUCGUCUCAAAACAGAGAACUUUGAGCCGUACUUUGACCGGAAGAAGCGGCUGCUCCCGAAGUCGUCCGAUCUGUCCUUCUACAACUGGGACACUCAACACUCGACUUCAAAUGAGAGCCCCAACUUCCAGAUCCUCCCUGACCACGAGCAGGGUUUGCUUUUCAAGAACAAAAGAGAUCGAAAGGCUUCUCGACUGCAAUGCUGUGUUCUCGUUUUUUUAAUGUUUUUGUUUUGUUUGAUUUUGGACCCACGUCAGGGGAGUGGUAGAAGUGUCAUCAGCGUGGAUCCCAGAUCCGAGCCGGGAGACAACUCCAAGCGCUUGGAGGUCCCCACGACCGAGUAUAUCCAAGCGCCUUGGCAAGCCUUGGCUUUCGCACCUGCUUUAAGACGUGAACGGUUUCAGAUGGUUUCAGGACUAUCUAUUUUUGGUGUUCUUGUUCAGAACAAAAUGGAAUCCAACUUCGGAACUUUUAUGCAACCAUGUUCUGAAAAAUGGAAUCUUGGAGCAGCUUGCUUUGGUUCAUGUCAGGUGGUGAUUUUUGACCACAUGACCCGGAAAAAGAGCUGA